AUGAUGAAGAUCCAACACAUCCAUCUUCGUCUAGUUCCAUAUCUUGAAACAUACCCAGGGGUUUUACAGAUGCUUGUUCAAACUCUGAAUAGCACUGUAUUAUCGUUUUUUCUUUCUUCAUCAUUUGCAAUAUGCAUGGAAUGGUUGUCUCUUGCUGCUUCAACUGCGGUGUUCAACAAAACAACCAAGGUGGUUACGUUCCAACUCACGAAUUCAAAAUCAAAGAAGCUCACUCAGAAAUAUUUUGCCCAAAUUCUGAGACUAACAACUUCAUGUACUUUCUAUAAAGUUACGAAUGAUCAAGUUAUUCAUAUGUUCAACGAAAUUGGACAUCAACCAACCCUCGUUGCAAUUAGCCAAUUUAAGAAGUCCAGUCUUCCAUAUGUUUGGAGUUUCUUGUUUGGGAUCAUUCUAAGGUGUUUGAUAGGAAGAAGCUCCGGGGUUAACAAGGCUAAGCUUGAAAUAUACUCUGUCAUGGCGAGAUGA